UUGGAUAAUAAAGCGAGCAGCAAAACACCCCAGUCCCAAACCUCAGCAUUUUCCCAAGGAUACUAGGUAUAUACCAGACGGACAUGAAAUGCUGAAGACCGUGGUGCUGUUGUAUCUGGCAUGUGCUUUGACCCACUGUCAGGAAUCAUGUGGAUAUUACAAUGUCACAGACACUCUGGGUGUUCUGGAUUAUUCUCCUCAGAUCAAGUAUCUCCGUCCCGUCACUGACUGGAGAGAGGCAACAAAAGUCACAGUGGACGUCGUCUUUCGAGCUAUCCUGGAAAUGGAUGAAAAACUGCAAAUUUUGCAAGUACUGAUGGACUUUGAGAUGAGCUGGGGAAAUGCACUGCUGACCUGGGAUCCACAAGAUCACUGCGAGAUUUCACGAAUUUCCAUCCCUUAUGAUUCCGUUUGGAUCCCUGAUAUUUACAUCUCUGAAAUGACAGAGGACAAUUCAAUAGAUGUGAACUAUCUACAUCUGUACCAUGAUGGGACCAUUGCGGAGAUGAAAACCCUGCAAAUAGUGCUUGUCUGUAUCCUAGACCUGUAUAAAUUUCCAUUUGAUACACAAAAAUGCUCAUUUACUUUUGGAACAAGAACAAAUACAGACAACCAAUUCUCCUGUGGGUCACUGACAGCUUUAAUCAAAAGAAGCAUUUUUGAUGGGGAGAGGGUGGAACCGUCUCAAUGUAAAAUAUUACUACCUAGCAACAUCACCAGAAAUGAUGAGGAAUGGAGCAAAGUUAUUUAUGAGAUUAUUGUGCAGAGGGCCCCCAUUCUUUAUGUCAUUAACCUCAUCAUACCAGCUUGCCUGCUUGUAGGGGUAGAUGUGGCCAGUAUGUUUAUCCCAAUGGAGGGAGGAGAGCGAAUGGGAUUUAAGAUAACAGUUGUGCUUGGAUUCUCUGUGCUUUUAAUUAUCCUGAAUGAUUUUCUGCCCAGUACCACUAACCCACCAAUACUUGGUGUCUUCUGCAUGGUAUGUCUACUUAUAAUGAUUAUCAGUAUUAUUGAUUCCAUAUUCAUAUCGUACAUGCUGCACCUCUCUGCUAUCCGCCCACACGUCCCACAAUGGUUAAAGAUUUGGGUGCUGGUGCGCCUGGCUUUCAUCGUUCGGAUUGACACUAAGGCAAAACUUGAGGCUAUGAGCUCUGAUAAUAAAGAAGUUGGUUCAGCUGGGCAGGAGGGAGCAAAGGAUCUGACUGCUUCUGUGAACAUAGCAAUAGAAGCUGGUUCAGCUGGCCAGGAGGGAGCAAAGGAUCUGACUGCUUCUGUGAACACAGCACUAGUGGCGAAUGAAGAAACCCCUGCCCCUCCUGAGACAACAUUUGCUUCCAACAGACAAAUUGCUAAGAAAUCUACUGACAGCGCUGAGAUCAAACUGCUCAAGAGACUCUUACUGGAGCUACUUAUGGUUCGUCGUCAUUUGAUAGCCACCAAGACAGAGGAAAGUGCUAAGUCUGAGUGGCACGUAGUAGCUUUUGUAUUGGAUCGCUUCAUCCUCAUCCUUUAUAUUCUCACAGGGACGUUCAUUAUGCUUUCUGUGGUGAUUGUAUGGAUUUUUUAAAGUGUUGAGUGCAAAACAUAACUUUCAACUUGUAAUACCAACACAAAUUAGCGUGAUCGAGAUAUCCAUUGAAAGUAUAAGUUACGGUCAAGCAAAGUUGGACGCACUAACCCCUCUCUGGUUAACGCUCUUUACAAUGAACUUGCUAUAAAAAAAUUGCGAGCUAAUGGUUUGUAAUCUGGCCCAUAUUAAGUAAUUACAUGUAUGCAGUUAAUAAUUUAAUAUCAUUUUGAUUAUUUUUAUAUUGAACAUGUUUAAUCCUAGAAACACUCUCCAUCAGUUAUGAAUGUACAUUUAAAUGUUAGCAUUUACUUGUGCGCAAGAUUCAUAUUUUGAAAGUGUGCUUUUCAUUUCCUUUUCAAGUUCCUAUAAAAUAAAAAUUGAUUAUCGGA